AUGGGGUUGCUGACAGAGAAUACACUGACACCCCUGGCCGUGGCUGUGGCCAUCUUCCUGCUCCUGGUGGACCUGAUGCACAGGCGCCAACACUGGGCUGCACGCUACCCACCAGGCCCCAUACCACUGCCCGGGGUAGGAAACCUGCUGCAUGUGGACUUCCAGAACUUGCCAUACUGCUUCAGUCAGCUGAGGCGCCGCUUCGGGGACGUGUUCAGUCUGCAGCUGGGCUGGACGCCGGUGGUUGUGUUCAACGGGCUGGCGGCCGUGCGCGAGGCGCUGGUGACGCGCGCGGAGGACACGGCGGACCGCAUGCCGGUGCCCAUUUUUGAACACGUGGGCUACGGGCCGCGCUCCCAAGGAAUUUUCAUGGCGCGCUACGGGCCCGCCUGGCGCGAGCAGCGGCGCUUCUCCGUAUCCACCCUGCGCAACUUCGGCCUGGGCAAGAGGUCGCUGGAGCAAUGGGUGACCGAGGAGGCCUCCUGCCUCUGUGCCGCCUUCGCGGACCACGACGGCCGUCCCUUUACCCCGAACGCCCUCCUGGACAGAGCGUUGAGCAACGUGAUCGCCUGCCUCACCUACGGGCGCCGCUUCGAGUACGACGACCCGCUCUUGCUCAGGAUAUUGGACCUCAUGGAGGCCACUAUGAAGGAGGAGAGCAGCGUCCUACUCACGGUGCUGAAUGCUUUCCCCGUGCUCCUGCGCAUCCCAGGGCUGGCCAACAAGGCCACUCGUAUGAGGAGGAACUUCCUGGCCCAACUGGAUGAGCUGGUAACUGAGCACAGGAUGACACGAGACCCGGUCCUGCCACCCCAAGACCUGACUGAUGCCUUCCUGGAUGAGAUGGAGAAGGCCAAGGGGAACCCUGAGAGCAGCUUCAAUGCUGAGAACAUGCGCCUGGUGGUGUCUGACCUGUUCGUUGCCGGCAUGGUGACCACCUCGAUCACGCUGUCCUGGGCCCUCCUGCUCAUGAUCCUGCACCCGGAUGUGCAACGCCGUGUCCAACAGGAGAUCGAUGAAGUGAUAGGGCAGGUGCGGCGACCAGAGAUGGCUGACCAGGCCCGCAUGCCCUUCACCACUGCCGUGAUUCACGAGGUGCAGCGCUUUGGGGACGUCAUUCCCCUGAGUCUGCCCCACAUGACCACCCAUGACACUGAAGUGCAGGGUUUCCUCAUCCCCAAGGGGACAAUGCUCUUCACCAACCUGUCAUCGGUGUUGAAGGAUGAGGCCAUCUGGGAGAAGCCUUUUCGCUUCCAUCCUGAACACUUCCUGGAUGCCCACGGCCGCUUCCUAAAGCAAGAAGCCUUCAUGCCUUUCUCAGCAGGCCGCCGGGCAUGCCUCGGGGAGCCCCUGGCCCGCAUGGAGCUCUUCCUCUUCUUCACCUGCCUCCUGCAGCGCUUCAGCUUCUCAGUGCCUGCUGGACAGCCCCGGCCCAGCGACCAUGGUGUCUAUCACUUCAUGGUGACCCCAUCCCCCUACCAACUUUGUGCUGUGCCCCGCUAGAGGGGCGAUAAGCCCACUAUCUUCU